AUGGCUCAACCAAUGCAACAUUCACAAUCGAUAUGGAACGAAAUUGAUUUAUCACAGAGAUUUAGUCAACUAUCCAGUUCACCUCAGCACCCGAAGAAGAAGCAGAAGAACAAAGUAUCAAAACAAAGAAAGAUUAUUCCUUAUACAGAACUCGAUCUGCAACAAUUAAUUGGAGUCAAUAUUCAUCAAGUUCCACCUUAUUUAUGUAGUUCAAAUGAAUCAUUUAAAGAAACGAUUCAUGAUAUACGACCAAAAAUCAGUCAAAAUCAUUUGGAAGAAUUAAGACAUGUUGCUAUUCUUAUGUAUAAAAUGUUAUUAAUCGAAAAACUACAAACUCUUUGGAUAACAUAUAGAAAAUCAGGUAUGGGUGAAUUUCAACAAACACGAUCAACGAAUGAAGUCUCUCUGAAAAUUUGGCCGUUCGAAAUUUGUUCUCGCAUAAAAUAUAUUGAAAAUGCAAACACAAGUGCAGAUGAAAAAUGUCAACUAUUUGUUGAUCAUUGUCAAAAGAAAUUGAAUGAUCAAAAUGAAAUAUAUCGAAAUCAAUUACGAUAUCGAACAAGUCAUAUCAUGGAUUAUACAUCGGCAAUGGAAUUAACUAUUGAAAAUUUUGUAAAACAAAGGUUCAGAUAUCAAUCUAUUGAAUAUGAUUGUCAAAUAUCACUCGUUCAAUAUCAUUACACUGAUGCAGUACUAAAACGUCAAUAUUUGAUUGAACAUCCCAAUGAAAACCAAAUACAAAUUUUCAAAGGUCUCUGUAAGUUAAAAUAUGAAGAAGCUAUCACGAAAUAUCAUUUUAAUUCACUCAAACAAUGUAUUCCUGAACAUUUUACUUUGAAUUCUACUCGAAAUCAACUCAUUGGAAAAUCAUCAGUGAUUGAUAGUAUUCAAGAUGCAAAUAUGCGAAAGAAAUUGUCCAAACAUUACAUCCAAAUUGUUGAACAAGCUAAAGCUGAUAUAAUGAUACUAGCAAGAGAUACAGCCGAAAGACAAAUGCGUCAGUAUCAAAAACAAUACGAUAUGGAAAUGAAUCAAAUGUGGCAACAUGAAAAAAUUAUACCAACUGAUCAACGCUUAACUUCAACGAUGAUCGAUUUGAUGGGAAAACGUUUAGUUAAUAUUGAUGCACGCACCGAAUAUAUCUACAAAUGCAAAGCUCAAUUAUUUCAAGUUAAAACAAAUAUUCCAUAA